AUGGAGCGGACGGGGAUGAUUGUGAGAGCGCUAAUUUUGUUUGCAGGUGUCCUGGGAGCUACGGCAGGAGUAUGCCCGCUGAAUAUCACAGGGGAACUGGAUGCAUAUCCAGGGAUGUAUCAGCGAUGCUUUGUAGACGAAUCUCAUUGCUGUGAAGGCAUCGCCGACCUGAUCAAAAGCCUGCAAUACUCCUGGAUGCACAACACUCGUUCUUUCCUCUUACCCGACAACAAAACGGCCCAAUCCUGCGUCGAUGAAUUCAGCGAGCAGCUCAUAGGUCGCGGGAUCGACUCCAAACUCCUCGCAACUUGCAGGCUUGGGGUCGAUAGCUUCCCUAGCGACUCUUCCUCCUGCAACAAUAUUACGGAUUUUCACAGCUUCGAGAAGACGAUCAACGUGUCCGCCCUGCGGCAAAACUGUAACGCAGGGGGGUCGGGUAAUUUCGAGUGCAGGGACUGUGUGAGAGCCAUGGGCAAGGCGCUGUAUUCGUUGAAUCAAAUCCCCCUGGAGGGCAAGUCCAAGUGCCCCGAAUUUGUGCUAAUUUACGUCGGCGGCGGCAUCAACUGCUACGACGCCGUCGGCCCUGAUGCCGCUUUUUGUAUUCUUAGCGUUAGCAAUUUGUCUGCAGUGGCAACCGGCUUGGGUCCUCUGCCUCAAAUGCAGGACAGAGCGGCUGACAGCGCAGUUAACAAGACGCUUAUCAUGACGCUUGUUCCUUCCCUGGCAGUGCUCAUCCUUAUCUUGGCCGCCGUUUUUGGGUACCUGCGAAGGCUGCGCAGCGAGAAGGAAAGCCAACAGAGGAAGCUGAUCCGGAGAUAUGAGAUCCUCGGUGAGAGCACCGGUUUGAUUUUCUUCAACAUGCCGGAGAUAAAAGAAGCCACGGGGAAUUUCUCGGAGUCGAAUCUGAUCGGGGAGGGGAGCUUCGGUAUGGUGUACAGAGGCACUCUGGCAGACGGAAGGCGAAUAGCUGUGAAGAGAUUUAAGGACUUGAGGCAGAGAGCGGAGGAGGAGUUCAGCCACGAGGUCCAGAUCAUCAGUAGCGCUAAGCACCGGAACUUGUUACCUCUGAAAGGCUACUGCGUUGGGAUCAUCGCCCAAGUGCCAGAGCAGGUUCUGGUCUACGACUUCAUGGAGAACGGAAGCCUGGCGGAUUAUUUGUUUAGCUCUACCCGGCCGUGCCUGACGUGGCCGCAACGGUUCAAGAUCUUGGUGGGAAUAGCGAGGGGUCUGGCAUACCUGCACGAAGAUGCGAAGCCGGCGAUUCUUCACAGGGAUGUGAAGGCGGCGAACGUUCUGCUGGACGAGGAGCUCAGCCCUCUCGUGGCGGAUUUCGGUAUGGCCAAGUUCAAGACGGCGGGCAAGACGCACUACACCACGCGCACCGUGGGCACGAUGGGCUACGUGGCUCCCGAGUACGCGCUCUACGGUUACCUUCACGACAAGAGUGACGUCUUUAGCUUUGGUAUCAUUGUGCUCGAGCUCUUGACGGGUCGUCGGGCUUUCGACCCGAGCGCUAAUCGGCUUGAGCACGUCCUCGUUUCCGACUGGGUGGUGGACAUGAGUCAGAAUGGGAAAUCGGCAGAAAUAAUAGACGGGAGGAUUCGGCAGUCUUGUAACAAGCAGAGUAUGGAGAAGGUGUUGUUGCUGGCACUGCAGUGCGCCCACCCGAGAGUUGGGUGCAGGCCUUCCAUCGGGGAGGCGUUGUUGAUUCUAGAAGGCAUGGAGAGCCCUUCGCCAAACAUGGUUUCUGCACUGCAGAGCAUGGAGGUGGACCUCGUAUCCUCGUUGAAUAACAGAGGUGACUUUACGUGGCUCAUGUCUUCUGACACUGCCCAAGGCCUCUUUUCGUCCAAUUCUAGCUCUUCCUCAAGCUUCCGCGAGUUCUCAGUGUGA